CUCCUGAGGUUGUAGGCAUCGUGUGGUACAAGGGGGAAGGCGAGGACCAAAAUAAUGUAAUCUCAUUUUUUAUUAAGACAUCAAGUUUUCAUUUAAGUGGUCCUGAAAACAAUGGACGACAGAUAUUAAAGGAUGAUGGAUCUUUGCUAUUGAAGAAGGUCACCAUGGAGGAUGCAGGAACAUACACCGUAGUGGCCCACUUUCCAAAUUCAGAAAGAGAAAUAGGGUUUGGGCAACUUGAUGUAUAUGAGCAUCUGAGAGUGCCCGUGCUCAUAGCCAGCAGCUAUGGAGUCAUAGAGAAUGAAGAGGAUGUGGUCUUGACCUGCUACACAAAUGGACUCUCUGUCCAGUGGCUGUUCAAUGGCAUGAAUCUGCAGUUCACAAACAGAAUGAAGCUAUCUUGGAACAGCAGAAGACUCACCAUAGACCCAGUCAAGAGGGAAGAUGCUGGGGUUUACAAGUGUAAAAUAUCAAACCCCAUGAUGUGGGUUGAAAGUCGGCCCCUUGAACUGCAUGUGUUAUAUUAGUGACCCUCCUUCCUUCCUCUGUGUUAUUGAACUCUAAAUCAAGUUUCUUUGCAUUAUUAU